AUGACAAAUGCAUCACACCUCAUCGCGUCUACAGCACAGAUCUGGAUCUGCUGCAGGCCUAAUGGAAACGGGAGCGCCAUCCAGGGAGCUGUCAGCACACAGGAGGGACGUGAGACGCUAGUAGAUAAGAGAGCUAAUGAGACGCUAGCAGAUAAGAGAGCUAAUGAGACGCUAGCAGAUAAGAGAGCUAAGGAGACGCUAGCAGAUAAGAGAGCUAACGAGACGCUAGCAGAUAAGAGAGCUAACGAGACGCUAGCAGAUAAGAGAGCUAACGAGACGCUAGCAGAUAAGAGAGCUAACGAGACGCUAGCAGAUAAGAGAGCUAACGAGACGCUAGCAGAUAAGAGAGCUAACGAGACGCUAGCAGAUAAGAGAGCUAACGAGACGCUAGCAGAUAAGAGAGCUAACGAGACGCUAGCAGAUAAGAGAGCUAACGAGACGCUAGCAGAUAAGAGAGCUAACGAGACGCUAGCAGAUAAGAGAGCUAACGAGACGCUAGCAGAUAAGAGAGCUAACGAGACGCUAGCAGAUAAGAGAGCUAACGAGACGCUAGCAGAUAAGAGAGCUAACGAGACGCUAGCAGAUAAGAGAGCUAACGAGACCCUCAGGACUCUGGGUCUGAAGGAGAGAGACCCUCAGGACUCUGGGUCUGAAGGAGAGAGACCCUCAGGACUCUGGGUCUGA